AUGACAGCCCCAAUAGACUGCGAAGUCCUCGUCGUGGGUGCUGGGCCCGUGGGGCUUCUCACCACACUCCUACUCGCCAAAGCCGGGAUCAAGGCGAUCCUAAUCGAAGGUCUGCCAGAUAUCGACGACUCGCCGCGCGCAAUGGCCUACGGUGCAGCGGCGAUAGUUGAGCUGGAGCGAGCUGGAAUCGCGGCCGAUGCGCGCAAGGUUGGCAUGGAAGCCGAGGACUACGAUUUCCACCUGCGGUGGAUCACACUCGAUGGGAAGCUGGUCGCGCAGUUCCAACCCGAGGAUAGGAUUCCGGGGUCCUUUGAUCCCCUUAUCUGUGGCCAGUAUGCACUUGCAAGAGUCAUGCAGCGGCAUCUUAGUGAGCUUGGUUGCGCACAGAUACUAUUCAACCAUAAACUGAGCGAUAUAAAGGAAACCGACGACGGCGUGAUAGCGAUCGUCGAGGCUGGAGACAAGGUGAAAGAGUUUACAGCAAAGUAUCUCGUCGGCAGCGACGGCGGGCGGUCCAGCGUCCGUCGGAUCCUCGAUCUAGGCUACGAAGGCUUCACGCUCCCGCAGUGGUUGGUGGCAUGUAACGUCAGGUAUCCCUUCCGAGAGCACGGCUUCGAGCGAGGACAGUUCAUCAUCCACCCGGAACACUUCUGCCUGAUCGCCAAGAUCGACCCUACCGGUCUAUACCGUGUGUCGUACAAUGAGCAGGAGAAUCUCACCAAGGAGGAGGUCCUGGCAAAUGUGCACCAUAAAUUCAACGCGAUAUUCCCGGGACCGAAGCCACUUUCGAGGGAUGCGUAUAAGAUUGAGAAUAUCAGCCCCUACCGGAUACAUCAGCGCAGCGCGACUUCAUACCGGAAGGGGCGAUCCCUUCUAGCGGGGGAUGCAGCACACGCGUGCUCUCCAUUUGGAGGAAUGGGCCUGACAGGAGGAAUCUGUGAUGCAGGCGGGCUCGCAGAUUGCCUGAUCGGAGUGCUACGUAAAGGCUGCGCGGACUCCUUGCUCGACAAAUACGCCGAGAUUCGCAGGCAGAAGUACCAGGAAAUCACCAACCCCGUCAGCUACGGCAACACGUGUGCCUUGCGAGACACGGACCCAGAGACAGCAAGGUCUGCAGAACCGUUUCGAACCAUGAAUACCUCACCAGAAGCUCGGAGGGUGAUGCUAGAAAAGGCGUACUUUCUCGGGCGAGUUUUUUCCCCUUCCGAUGGAAGUAUUAUAUUGGAGAAUGACUGA